AAACAGCUGUUCAACAGCUGUAACGAUCUAUUAUUUAGCACAACAAGACACAUUCAUGGUUAUCACAUCAUAGUUUAGCAAUUUUUUUACCUCGCACUUGAACUUGUCAUGCACGCACAGAUGUGGGCAAAGUUUUUACAUAACAAUGCCAAGAUGACGAGGAGGAUCUAAAUCAAAUAAAAUUCAGUGCAAUUUAAAUAUUUAGUUUUAACCUUUGGAUAUACCUCAAAAUUAUUACGAAACAUUAGUGCAAAAUGCUGAAGGUGGUCGGUGUGAAAUCGCGUCUAAGGCUUGCAGCUGAUUUUCAGCAGUUGCUCGUAGUUCUACAACCGCAAUCCGUUUCCCAAAGACGAUACAUUAGUCCCUUCUCAGUGUACAAGAAACGCAUCGCAAACAAAGAAUUGUUGCCGGAUUCAGAACAAGCAGCGACUACACAGCGUUUGGAAGCACUAUACAAAAAUAUAAAAGGUUAUCAACCGACUCAUACAAGCAGCGGUGGCGGCUUUUUAAGUUCAUUAUUCAAAGGUGGCAGCAAUAAGAAUGGAGUGGAGUUAAACGUUGGUAGCGAUGUCCCGCAAGGACUGUAUAUCUUCGGCAGUGUUGGCGGUGGCAAGACUACUCUAAUGGAUAUGUUCUUUGAUUCUUGCACAGCGAUACAACAAAAACAGCGAGUACACUUUAAUUCAUUCAUGACGGAUGUCCAUAAACGUAUACAUGCAACCAAAGAACAACGAGGGCCCACUGAUCGGGCCUUUAAUACGGAAAGUCCAACACCAUACGACCCCACACGUCCGGUAGCUGAUCAAAUAAUAGCCGAAACUUGGCUUAUCUGCUUCGAUGAAUUCCAAGUAACUGAUAUUGCGGACGCUAUGAUAUUGAAACGCCUAUUCACCCACCUCUUUAACGACGGUCUAAUCAUGGUGGCCACAAGCAAUCGACACCCAGAGGAAUUGUAUAAAAAUGGACUACAGCGUAGCAAUUUUGUGCCUUUCAUCGAUAUAUUAAAAAGCCGCUGCAAAAUCAGUGAAUUAAAUAGCGGCAUUGACUAUCGACGUAUCGCUCAAUCGGGUGCGACAAAUUACUUUGUUAAAUCUGAAACAGACGCUAAUUCCGAAAUGCUUCGCAUGUUCAAAAUUCUUUGUACACAAGAAAACGAUAUUGUGCGACCACGUACUAUAACACAUUUUGGAAGGGAUUUAACUUUCCAAAAAACUUGCGGACGUGUCUUGGACAGCAACUUUAAUGAGCUCUGUGAUCGUCCACUCGCUGGCAGUGAUUAUCUGCAAAUCGCCCAACUUUUUCAUACAGUGUUGAUACACGAUGUGCCUAAGAUGAAUUUAUUUCUGAAGUCUCAAAUGCGACGAUUUAUUACGCUCAUAGAUACUCUUUACGAUAAUCGUGUGCGCGUCGUUAUCUCAGCCGAAACACCGCUCGAAUCGCUUUUUGACAUUACAGACAAGCCCACAGGUCUAGCUGACUCGGAACGAACAUUGAUGGACGAUUUAAAUAUUCAACAGGGUUCUAAAGAUUCGUCGGCUAACUAUUUUACUGGUGAAGAAGAGGCGUUCGCGUUCGAUCGCACGAUUUCACGCUUGUACGAAAUGCAGAAGAAGGAAUAUUGGGAACAGUGGGCUAAACAUCGUUAAGAAGUUUUGUAUAUUGUUCGCACAGCCCAAAACUCUAUAGUCUUCAUACAUAUGUACUUAAUUAAAAUUUUGUUAAAAGUGAGUUUUGCUUUUGUCUAAUCAAAAGCUUUAAAUUUUUUUUCAAAAAUACUCAAAUUUUGAUUUUGGAUUGUAAACUCAAGAAACUGUCCUUUUAAGUUUAAAA